GGGCUCUGGCCCCGCCCCCGGUCGCCGUCAGUCGCCCGCAGUCGCCGCCCCGGGUCGCAGUGAGAGCGAGUGCCGGCGAUGAUGAGCGUGAGGCCGGGCUUGAGGAGCUCGGUGAGGUCGGGGCCGGGGUCGCGGUUUACCGGCUCUAACUGCUGUCUCUCCCCGCAGAGCUGCUCCUCUGUCCGGGCAGGGCCGCGGCGGCCGAGCGAGGCCGCGCUUUUACCGGGAGAACUAGUGGUGAGUGAGAGCAGCAAUGUCAGGAAGUGCAUCGCCACAGACACAUGUGCGCAUGACCUGUACGGAACUCUGCUCUGCACCAACUUCAAGAUCUCUUUCCUUACAAACAAUGUGACACCUUUCCAGAAAUGUCAGUACAGAAACCUGCUGUUGGCGGAACAUGACGUGGCCCUGACCUGUGUGGAACAGGUGGUGGCAGUGAAUGAUGCAAAGAAGAAGAGGAAGGUUCUGGGUCCCACCCAGCACCUGAAGUUUAAACCCACUGAACUGAUCAUUUAUUGCAAGGAUUUUCGCAUUAUUCGAUUCCGCUUUGAUGAGUCUGAUCCAGAAUCUGCCAGAAAGAUCUGCCUGGUCAUCGCACAUUACUCGCAGCCCAAAGAUCUCCGGCUGCUCUUCGGCUUUGCGUUUGCCAGGGAGCAGAGCCAGGAUUCGGCUGACAGAGUGAACGGCCCUGACUCCGGAUGGCAGACACCACUGUUUGAAACCUACGCAGACUGGGACAGGGAGAUCAAGCGGACCGGGGCUUCUGAGUGGAGAGUCUCUUCUGUCAAUGAGAACUACACCACGUCCACCAGUCUUCCAGAAUACUUUGUCGUUCCGUCAUCCUUGGCCGAUGAAGACUUGAAACAACUGGCUCCUUCUUUCAAUGGAGCUCGUAUCCCAAUGUGGUGUUGGCAUCAUUGGACAGGGUGUGCCCUGGUGCGUAUGGCCAACAUUAAACCAGGCAUGCAGCUACGGAAACAUGAUAGAAGGAUCCUGCAGGCGAUCGCCCAGAGUCAUCCGGAGAAGAGCGGGGUCUUUAAAUCGGAUCUGGACAAGAGUUUACCCAGAGUGCUGGAGGUGCAGGCUGCACUGGUCAGGCUAAAGCAGCUGUGUAUCAAUGAUUCAUUUGAAGAAACAGAAGAGAAGUGGUUGUCGUCUCUGGAGAACACACGGUGGUUGGAAUAUGUCAGACUGUUCCUCAAACACUCUGCUGAGCUCACCCAGUGGAUGUACAACAAGAAUAUUUCUGUCAUCCUUCAAGAGGAGGAGGGGAGAGACCUGAGCUGCGUGGUUGCCUCCGUCAUGCAGCUGAUGUUGGACCCGCAUUUCCGCACCACCCGGGGCUUCCAGAGCCUGGUGCAGAAGGAGUGGGUGGCAGCUGGUCAUCGCUUCCUGGACCGCUGUAACCAUCUCGGCCACUCGGACAAGGAGGAGUGUCCUCUGUUCCUGCUCUUCUUGGACUGUGUGUGGCAGUUACUGCAGCAGUUCCCAGCUGCCUUUGAGUUCACCGAGACGUACCUGACCGUGUUGUACGACAGCACAAGGAUCUCCCUGUUUGGCACCUUCCUCUUCAACAGCCACCACCAGAAGUUGCAGCAGAGCCAGGAUUUAGCCUCCAACGGGAGUCUCCAGUGUGAAGGGAAGUGCCUGGAGCUGCCGCCAGUGUGGAACUGGUCGCUGCAGUUCACAGACAAGGACCUGACCCUCUUCAACAACCCCCUCUAUAUCGGCAAGAGUGUGAGCUGUGUGCAGAAUGGGGCAAUCAAAUCCUUCAAAAGACCAAAGAAGAACUUCUCAUCCUGCAUCUGCUCCGUAUACACGGUGAAGAAUGGGCGGCUCAGCAAUCAGCCAGACUUCUUCACGCGUAAGAACUCAACGACACAAAGACCAAGCCGUGACCUGGAGCUGAACGAGAGCCUGGAUCAGUACGUGGAGCGCUGCUUCAGAGACUGGUUCUCAAAGCCCCUGGACCUGCACGGACUGAUCUUGCCGUGCUUGGGUUCCCCCCACACACGGCUCUGGAGACAGUGCUACCUGCGUUGGAUACCUGAGGCUCAGAUCACCAACGGAGGUUUCAUCAGUGCCUUCCACCAGAUCUCGCUGCUGGCUGACAACAUCGAGACCUUACAGAGCCAUCUCCGCCAAUACCACCACCCUCUGCUCACUGGUUCCCCACAUGUCAACAAGCCUAGGAUGUACUUCCGGAACGAGGACUUUGAUGAAGCAGGAAUGCCCGAUUAUUUCUCCUCAUCCUUCCCCUACUCGCCCAUCGGGAAUCUCUGCCGACGGAGCAUUCUGGGAACGCCACUCGGCAAAUUCCUGCUGACCGCUGCCAGGAUGUGGCCUUCCACAGAAACUCUGAUCAAUGAAGACUGAGGUGAUGAUCCAUCAACAGCCAGACCCUGACCUAAACGAGCAGACUGACGUGUAACAAGUGUGCAUUAAUAAUCCUAUUAGAAAUUUGCACAGAUAUUUGUAAGAGGAAUGAAGGGGAAACCACUCUAAAGACCGACAUCAGAGGCGGGGGCUUUGUAAGCAUGUGGAGCCUGUCUUUCCUUGAAGCACAUUUGCCGCCAAGAGCUGCCAGGAUUGCCUCUUUUAAGUCUGACCUCCCUGUAAGAGGCGUGGGUGAUGGAGUGGGUCUGACCCCUGGGCCCCAGUGUGAUGGGUCAGAGGUUUGCCUGUUGUAUGGCAGCAGGAAGUUCCUCAACAGCAGAAGCCUUGCACUGCUUAUAAUCUCAUUGCGUGCCUAAAUGCAAGGUGUUCUGCAGCACUAAAACCCCCUCCUUCAUUGCCAAGCCUGUCAUAGAGUACAUACAUUCAAAUAAUUUAAAAAGAAGCUAUUCCUGUACAAAGUAUUUUUGUAGAUUGAAAGAUCAGGUUGAAUGUGACUGUUGGCAGCCCCAGCUGGAGGUUGUCUCUAGUGGCCUUGAAUGCCUAGAGACUGGGGUGAUACACAGUAGAGGAAUGUACACCUCAGCACUACUGAAGCCAGACGUGCCUCCAGCAGCUCUCUGUAGCUCAUUAUACAGCACAGUGCUUCUGGCAGAUUAAUAUUAGUUAAUGAGACCUGAAAUGCACAUCAGUGACCACCUCGUAUCAGAACCGAAGCACGUGGUCUAUUGUUACCACUGUCAUACGCACUGACAGUAAAGUCCCUGAAGGUGUGAGUCUACCUGGGGUACAGGCCCUGAAGGGGCUGCCUUCACUCGCACCAAGGAAAUAAUUUGAAACUUUACUUGAGCAACUUUAAGUGCCUACUCUUGUAAUUCUAAAGUGUGACGUGCGAUGACUCCAUUUUAAACACACUCAUCGCAACAUUAUGAGGUGUUUUUCUGUGUCGCGCUACCAUUGCAAUGUAACUCUGACCACUCACUUUCCUGUCUCAACACUGGAGCUGGUCAAAGGUCAGAACUUGCACUGCCUGCUUAAACUAGUUUUUCUAAAGGCAUCUACUUUUUAAGUUAAGGCUGCCGGCUUCGGCAGGCCCCUGGCUGGGAAUAGUCUGUCCAGUUUCAGGUUAUUUACACCGGAGUUUCCUUUGCGUUGCCUGUGUGUUGCAGACAGGGCAACUGGUCUGCACUCAUUAUCCUGAGUGAAGUCAGUACCAUGGGACCUAGACGUGAGUGGGAAUGUUGUGGAGUUGGGGUGAGAGACUGAGGAAGGAUGUGAUAAUCAGCAUGUCUCCAGUGCACCAUGAAUCCUAAACUCCACGUAUUCACACCCAGUCUACCAGCUUGCUGAAAACGCACAAAAUGCAUUUACAUACAUGCGUUGUGCCAUCAAUGCAGAAACGCUGGAUGUGAAAAGCUGCUUAGACAUAGAGAAAGGAAAGCAACUAAUAGGGAAAUCUGCUUAUUAAAUGCAGAAUUUGCAAAGCCGGUCGGGGGGGGGGGGGGAGAGGAGGAGUUGACAUGGCCUCUGGCACCAAUUACUCACCAUUAACCAGGCUUUACUCAAAAAUGCCACUGAUCAGCUCCUACCUGAGUUUGCACUUUAUCUUUACUAAUCGGGACCAUUUUACUGCCUUUAACUCUUGAAUAAGCAAGGACAAUGUUGGGCUAAGUGUUCAUGCCCUGGUGCUUGCGUGCUCCCACCGUGGCUGUGCCGUCUAGUACAUUCAUGUCUGUUGUGUUUGCUCUGGGAUUCCACUGCAAGAUUCUCUCAUUAUAAUCACAACUUCCCUCUCUCCAGUACCAUUUAAGUAGGUUCAGAAAACUGAAACAAGUACUGGUUUGGGUCAAUUGGCAGCUGGAGAGAAGGUGCUGAACUGGGGCUGUCUGUAUCUGUAACAGCAGCAAAGUCACCAGAACUGGUGCAGAACUGAUCAGUCUCUGAAGGAGACUGGUUUUCUUAGUUAUGGAUAUAGUUUGAGAUUUUCCACCACACUAUCGUUAGCUCACACUGAGCGUUGUGUCUGUCUGUCUGCAGUUUAUGCCAAUCUUGUGUCGUGUUCUCUACCAAGGAUUUACUUGCAGGCGGUUGACUCAUUAUUUAUGUUGUACGUAAGCAUUUGUUAUUUAAAGUACAUGAAGUGAUUGUUUCCCCGUUCUGUAGCAACUGCCUAAGCUUAAAAUCUCCAAACUUUUACCCUGGAAAGAUCAGCCUGACCAAGAGGAUUGGCUCCACCACCACAGCACAAACAAGACCAGUGUGAACCUUUGAAUGGGGAAUGUUUAUAAAGUAAUUGCAAUGGCUCACGAUCAGUUUGUGGUGAAACCCACUUUCUUUGAUCCAUCAUUGCAACUUUUCAAAUCUGAAAUUGAGUUGUGUAGAUACAAGGGAAAUAUUCAUAAAUACCUGGACUGCUGCAGAAGCUGAAAUGCAACGAGCCCUUGUCUGGACAGUGUCUGACCCUGGUCUAGAGUGUCUGACCCUGGGCUGGACAGUGUCUAGACAGCUGUACGACUGAUCAAUUUAAACCCUUCUACCGUUUAGAUCUUCAAUGAACCAGUACAUGAAAUAUUCCUGGUGGAUUUUGUCACUUUGUGCCUUUUGUUAGUAUGAUUAUUUCUGUGUUUGGCUAUUUAUUCAACACCUGCUUUUAUUUAAUGUCAUGUUUUGAAGGUGAUUCUGAGAGUGGAUGAGGAAGAGGUGGGUUCACCUUGCCUGUGUUGCCUUGUAUGUAUCUAGGUUCCAUUGCGUUUAUCAAUUGAUCCAGAGUGCCUUAAGCAAUAAAUAUAUUGGCAAGUGUUU